CUGCCUCUGUCAUGUGGGCAUGUCAGCCGCUCUUCGGGGGAAAAACGCGCGUGUGUGAGUGAGUGUGUGAGCGUGUGUGUGUUCAGGCAGAAUCCGCGGAGAUUUAACAGCUCUGUCCAGCUGCGCGCUUAACUCAACAUCCAUCCGCCAUGUUGUUAAGGGGGCUGAGGAUUCCACACACACUCGGCGGAGUGGAGAGUGAGAGAGUUCAGCGGCCGCGCUGAGAGGAGCUGAACAGAAACCCGCUCUGAAAUGCACUUGGAGGAGAGUUUGCAGUGAAGGGCGAGGAGACGGGACGAGUCCGCGAUUCUCACAGAGAGGAUUAAGAUGAAACGUUGAGGGCUGAAGAGUCUGGUAAAUCAACAUCACACUGUUUUUGCUAUGGGCUGUGUACAGAGUAAGCAGGAUAAAGCUGCCCCACAGAAGACUGAGAGUUCCUCCACUGCAGCCCAGUCUGCUGCUGACACACACGGACAUUAUGGACCUGAACCUACAAACACACCCCAAAACCAGGCCCCACACACCACCACACACAGCACUUCACACAGCGUCACUCACACCAGCACACUCGUGCCUUUUGGUGGUACAGCAGACAUAACACCUUUUGGAGGCACUUCAUACAAUCCAGCUGGAAGCAGCACAUUUCCUGGCAGUGUAACAGGUGGAAUCACUUUUUUUGUUGCACUCUAUGAUUAUGAAGCCAGAACAACGGACGACCUGUCAUUUAAAAAAGGAGAGCGCUUUCAGAUCAUCAAUAACACUGAGGGGGAUUGGUGGGAGGCAUGUUCUUUAAGCUCAGGUCUACAGGGCUACAUCCCCAGCAACUACGUGGCUCCAGCUGACUCCAUUCAGGCUGAAGAGUGGUACUUUGGUAAGAUGGGGCGUAAAGAUGCAGAAAGACUUCUUCUCCAGCCCGGGAUCCAGAGGGGCACCUUUCUAAUGAGGGAGAGCGAGACCACUAAAGGUGCAUUCUCUUUAUCUAUUCGAGACUGGGAGGAGGAUAAGGGGGAAAAUGUGAAACACUAUAAAGUCCGGACGCUGGACAGUGGAGGAUAUUACAUCACUACACGUGCUCAGUUCAGCACACUGCAGAGUCUUAUUAAACACUAUACAGCCCAUGCAGAUGGUCUGUGUCACAGGUUGACAGGAGUGUGUCCAACAGUGCGGCCACACACGCAGGGUUUGGCUAAGGAUGCAUGGGAGAUAUCCAGAGACUCGCUCUCUCUGGAGGUUAAAUUGGGCCAGGGCUGCUUUGGAGAAGUCUGGAUGGGCACCUGGAAGGGCAGUACUAAAGUAGCGGUGAAGACGCUGAAGCCUGGCACCAUGUCUCCAGAAGCUUUCCUACAGGAAGCUCAAAUCAUGAAGAAACUUCGACAUGACAAACUGGUGCAGCUCUAUGCUGUAGUGUCCCAGGAACCUAUUUACAUAGUGACAGAGUACAUGAGCAAAGGCAGUCUUCUGGACUUCGUCAAAGAAGGGGAAGGGAAACUCUUAAAACUUCCGCAGCUAGUGGACAUGGCAGCACAGAUCUCUGAUGGCAUGGCGUUUAUCGAGAGGAUGAACUACAUCCACAGAGACCUGCGUGCUGCCAAUAUUCUGGUCACCGACAACGUGGUGUGUAAGAUCGCUGACUUCGGCUUGGCCAGACUCAUCGAGGACAAUGAGUAUACCGCCAGACAGGGCGCUAAGUUCCCUAUUAAAUGGACGGCUCCUGAGGCUGCACUCUACGGCAGAUUCAGCAUUAAAUCUGAUGUGUGGUCUUUUGGUAUUCUGCUCACUGAACUCGUCACCAAGGGAAGAGUCCCUUACCCAGGUAUGGUGAAUAGAGAGGUGUUGGAGCAGGUGGAGCGUGGGUAUCGUAUGCCAUGUCCUCCAGCCUGUCCAGCUUCUCUGCAUGAGCUGAUGCUGCAGUGUUGGAGGAGAGAGGCGGACGAGAGGCCCACGUUCGACUACAUAAAGGGCUUUUUAGAGGACUACUUUACUGCAACAGAGCCGCAAUACCAGCCUGAAGAGGAGCUCUAAAACACACACAUAAGCACUCAUUCCCUAACUGCUGCAUCUGCAGCGUGAAGUCGGUUACCAUAACAACAAUUUCAGUGCAUUUCCUUGUACUUACAUAGGAAAAGAAAAUGUGUUACUUUAAAACUAACUUAUAAUGGAAGCCAUCAGUAAGCGUUUAUGCACAAUUUAUCACAAAUGUUUUUUUCACUCGAAGAUGACAGUAAAUGAAGGUGUAAAUCUGUAUAGUUUGUUCUUUCAGAGAUGGGCCUAGUUUGUGGUAAUGCAUUACCAGGGUAGUGGUAUAGGUGGAGUUUUCACAGUGUCCUGACUGACUGCAUAUGGAUACCAGAAGCAAAAUUAACCGGAUCUUGUUUUUACUAUGUUGCUUCAGUGUUCUAAAAUUCAGUAGAACUUCAGAAGAACUGCUCUGGUAAGACAUUUAUCAUGCAGUGGUAAUAGUUUUGAAUUCAUGUAAUAUAGGCACAUGUUUCAAAAGUUUGCCCAUGGAAUUCAGCAACUUCCAAAUAUGUUAGAAAUGAGUUAGUCAGUGGGUCUCCAGUGUUUUUUCUAAGUACAAGGAAAUGCACUGUAAUUAUUGUUCAUGUUACCUGACUAUACAGUCAAGGUCCAGCAGUUACAAAGAAGGUUAAAAGAUGCUGGAAUAGAAUGGAUAUAAAACAAUACUCAAGUGCAUCAACAACUCUUGCCAACAAAAAGCAUCUAUUGGAAUCAUUUAUAACUGCUGCAUCAUAAAGCCAUUCAGAAUGACUGUUGUUUGACCUGUGUUAGAGAAAGACUGUGGGUCAUUCCUUACAUGCUCAGUUCAAACAUUGUCACUGAUAUUGAAACAGGAUCAGUGGACUGGUUUAAUUCCACUCUGUUGAAAAGCGAAUGACUAUUUUUACAUGAGAAUACAAAUGACUGUUUUGGCA